AUGAACUCUCCGUCGGGUGCUGUCCAUCCAACAACCAAUACCAACAACUUGAAAAGCCUCACCACCUCAACCGCUCAUCAUCAUACGAAAGGUCAGCACUCCGGAGUUGCUGUGAGAACUCCUAGUUUUUCUGCCGUUGAUAAAGAGGAUGCUACAGAACGAGAUGCCAUGAGCGAGGAAUUUAGUGAGGUCUUUCCGACACAACAAUCAGCAAUUGUUUUUGGAGAAUAUGGAGCUAAUGAUGGUCAGAUGGAUUUAGAGAUGAAUCAUGUGAGGAGAGGAAGUUCAGCAUUUCAGGACGAUCAGCCUUUUGAUGAUAUUCGAUAUCAUCAUGAUAAGGGUUCUCGGGAUGAUCAAAUUUUGAAUGGAUGGAAGAAAAUAAUUUUGGAUCGAAGAUUUAGCAUUGGAGUCGUCUCAUUUCUUCUCAUUGCUGUGACAGUUUUAUUUGGCAUAAUUUUGAUUUUACUUUUAACACUGUACAAUAUAGAUAAAGGAGCACCUAUCAAUAGUGAUGGCUCUGUGUGGACACCACCUGUCACAGAAUCCGGAGCAGUACAAUUAGUUAAGGCAACAAAUGGUGCUGCAGCUGCAGACAAUGAAAUUUGUUCCAAUAUUGGUGUGAAAAUUUUGCGAGACUUAAACGGAAAUGCUGUUGAUGCUGCUGUUGCUACCACGUUUUGUAUUGGAAUAAUGAAUCCGUUUAGUGCUGGUAUUGGUGGAGGAGGUAUAAUGGGCAUUUCCAUUCCUUCUAGCUCACCAAAUACUAAAGACACUGUUGAAUAUAUUGAUUUUAGAGAGAAGGCCCCACUCGCUGCAACAUGGGACAUGUAUUCAUCAUUAAGUAAUUCUCCUGCUCCACCUUCACAACGAGGAGGUAAAAGUAUUGCCGUAUUGAGUGAAAUUAAGGGUCUCUACACUGCUUGGAAAAGAUAUGGCUCACUACCUUGGAAUGUAUUAAUUCAGCCCUCCAUAGACCUUGCAAGGAAUGGUGUGAAAGCCAACAGUGUCAUUGCCUCUCAUCUUAACAAGUAUAAAAAGUGGGUACUCGAGGAAACUUUUGGGAGUGGAAUGAAACAACUUUAUGCUGUGAAUGGAGAGGUGAAAAAAGAAGGAGAUUUAUUGCAAUACUUCAAACUAGCAGAUACUUUGGAGAUUGUAGCAAAGGAAGGAGCAGAUGCUAUUUACAGUAUGAAUGGAUCAUUAAUUCAACAUGUUGUGGAAGAUAUCAGAAAAGCUGGAGGAAUCAUUAGUGAGGAGGAUUUAAUUAAUUAUGACGUGAAAAUUUACUCAACUAGAAAUCAAUCCAAAGAUGGAACGGAAGAAGAUAUUUCCACUCCACUGUCAACCUAUUUUAUGGGAUAUCAAGUGUAUGGACCACGCCCAGAAAUUUCAGGAGGUUCAUGCGUUAUUUUCUUGCUUAACAUGUUAGAAAAUUAUGUCAGAGAAUUAAUGGAACCUCUUCUCAAUCAUGCUGGUCAACUCUAUCAAGCAAAUCAACAGUUUCACAUGUCUCAACAAAAAUAUGCUCUAUUUAUCGAAGCUUUGAAAUUUACAUUUGCUCAUCGUGCAGAUUUAGCUGAUCCUGAAUUUGUCAAGGAAUCCAACAAAGUCAUGGAAGACAUGAUUAGCAAAGAUUAUAGCGCGCAGAUACGAACAGCCAUUGAUCGUGCAUUAGUGAACAACAAGACAUUCUCAGAUCCUCUUCAUUACAAGCACGAUAAAAUGAAUUUACAUUAUGUGAGAGAUGAUCAUGGAACGUCGCAUUUGAAUGUAUUGGAUAAGAAUGGAAUGGCUGUGAGCUUAACAACUACGGUGAAUUUAAUUUUCGGAAGUUUUGUAGUCGGUGACAAGACUGGAAUUAUUUUCAAUGAUCAAAUGGAUGAUUUUUCACUGCCCAAUACUACUAACUAUUUUGGAUUAGCACCAUCUCCAAGUAACUAUAUUGAUCCAGGCAAAAGACCGCUUUCUUCCAUGUCACCAACGAUUAUUCACAAAAACAACAAAUUUUACAUGGCUGUAGGUGCAAGUGGAGGCUCUAGAAUUAUCAGCUCUGUUUUUCAAACCAUUUGGAAUCAUAUUGUUGGUGGCUUGAACAUUGCACAAUCUAUUCAAUUUCCAAGAAUUCAUCAUCAAUGGAGUCCAGUCACUCUGGCUGUUGAGCAAGGUAUUCCAGAAGAAUUAAUAGCCUUUUUCAAGAGCUUUUUGGGUUACAAUGGAAAUGGAAAUGAAUCCACAUAUAUUAAUCGUGUGAAGGGAAAUGCCGAGUUUAGUGUUGGAAUUGUUCAAGGAAUUGUAAAGAAGGGAGACAAUAAUAUUGAAGCUGCCUCUGACAUUAGAAAAAAGAGCAAAGCCGCUGGGUAUUAA